UGGACCCCAAAAUGAAGUGUUUGCUCGUCACUUACUGGCUACUACCAAGUUUCGUGCAUUAAAAAUGCUUUCUAGCCAUACCAAUGGGUAAUGCUUUGACACCGCGACUUGAAAAUGCCGAAAAGACAGGCGUCCUUCAGUUGAGCGGUCUGAAGUUAACAAAGGUAAGUGUGGUCUUGUCCCCUUCCACACAGAAUAAAUAGCUUCCUGAUGAAGCCAAAAGUCUAGAAAGAAUAAGGAGUCUGGAUUUAUCAUGCAACAGAUUUGAGAUUCUCCGACCUUCAAUCUCGAAAUUCACAGCGCUGAAACUCCUUAAUGUGGAUAAUAAUAAGAUCAGACAAUUUCCGGUGGAACUCUUCACCCUCACCAAACUGGAGACGUUGUCUGCAAACCGGAAUUGCCUGGUCAGUCUGGUCCCACCCGGACACGUGGUGAAUUUCGGAGCGUUACGCAGCCUCCGUUUUGUUCACUUAUCCAUGAAUCAGUUGACAGAGUUUCCAGUUGAGUUGUGUACAGCCACGAUCCCGAUUAAUAUGCUUGACCUAUCGCACAACAUGAUCGCUGCGGUUCCCAGCUGCGUUUCAACGCUUCAGGCUAUCGAACUCAAUUUGAACAACAAUCGGAUAAAUCUCGUGGCCAGCACGAUCGCACAAUGUCCUCGGUUAAAAGUGCUUCGACUCGAAUCCAACCAACUUACUCUGGAGCAGUUUCCUAAAGAACUGUUCACUGAGUCACAAGUGUCACUACUUUGUGUCACUGAGAACAAAUUUGACAUGCGAGAUUUCUACAGUCUUCCAGAUUAUGCCAAGUAUAUGGACCGCUUUACUGCAAUGAAGAAGAAGAUGACCUGAUUCCUUCGUUACCUCUUACUUCGUGAGACAGAACUACGCGUUCAUUAUUUCGUCGGCUGGCUCCCUGUCCUGCGGCAUGCAACCACCUCCGAAUUCAGCUUAUCAGCAAUCAAACAAACUCGUUUCGUUGACCUUCUGACUUGGGUACAUUUCUCAUUUGUCCAACUUUCCUAUUCUCCGCUUAAAUGACGACAAUCUUACCCACGUGCACAAAAUGCACUCUCAGAUAAACUCAGUCAACCAAGCCGAAACUACGUUCCCGAUCUUAUCGCCUUUUGUUGGUCCGCAACUGAAUAUGGGGCGCUCUGGAAUAACCAGUAUUCCAACUUUUUCUUUAAACCUAACUUCAUGCGCGAAACAACUCUAACAAAUGAAAAUCCUUCACUAUGCAGAAGAUCGUUUCGCC